AUGGCUCGCUGCGCACUGGGCAAGAGAGCCCGCGCCUCGCCAGCAGACCUUGCUGACUCCGCGGCAGUCACUGUCGAGACUCCACGCAAGAGGACGCGCCGCGGCGAGGCCUUCUCGGUACACGUCGGCGACGAGGAGAAUCAGGACCCUUGCGAAGCGGGCGACCAUGAGGUCGUCAUCGAGCUCGAUGCCGUCGCCGAGCAGACGCAGCACAAGACGCGGCACUCCCAAUCCCAGACAUGGGCAAAGAGACAGCCAGUCACUCCGUCCACGCCUCGCCACCGCGAUGCCCUGUCAGGGUAUCCCACAACACCCCGGCAUGCCGUCAUGUCGGCCGGCAAGCUCUUCAAGCGCCUGACACCCCAGUCUCCCCUCUCGCCCUCGGCCGUCCAGACCGUCUACCACUCGGCGCGCCAGCUCUUUGCCCGAGGAGCCGAGCCCGGUCAGCUUAUCGGCCGCGAGACGGAGCGAGAGCAGCUCGCCCACUUCCUCAGCCGCUGCUCCUCCCCGUCCCCCGGCGGCUGCCUCUACGUCAGCGGGGCGCCCGGCACCGGCAAGAGCGCCAUGAUUACCGAGAUGGCUCGCGACUUUUCCCAACGCGCCGACGGCGUCCGCAGCGCCUACAUCAACUGCAUGAGCAUCAAGUCGUCCAAGGACCUGUACACGACGCUGCUCUCGGAGCUGGGACUGGAUGGUGACGUGACGGAGGCCAACGCCAUCUCGAUGCUGCAGCAGGCCUUUUGCGCAAAAUCCAAGUCGUCGACGGUCUAUCAGGUGACAUUGGAUGAGAUUGAUCACAUCCUGACUCUGGGUCUCGAAAGUCUGUACCGCGUCUUCGAGUGGUCCCUGUCACCAUCUUCGCGCCUCGCCUUGAUCGGCAUCGCCAACGCCUUGGAUCUCACCGACCGGUUCCUGCCUCGGCUCAAGUCAAAGAACCUGAAGCCAGAGCUUCUUGCCUUCCUCCCGUACACGGCGGCCCAAGUCAAAAACAUCAUCAUCACACGCCUCAAGUCGCUCAUGCCCCCAGGCAAGGAGGGCUAUGUCCCGUUCAUUCACCCUGCCGCCAUUGAGCUCUGCUCGCGCAAGGUGUCGAGCCAAACCGGCGACCUGCGCAAGGCAUUCGAGAUUUGCCGGCGCGCCCUCGAUCUGGUCGAGGCAGAGACGAGGUCGAAGCACGAGGAGGAAGCAAGGGAGCGGAUGCUGCAGAUGACGCCAUCCAAAAAGCCGUUGGGGGAGAACAUCAAUAGAGCUGCCCCGGGUCCUGGAUCGUCGACGAGCAUCCUGCACGCCAUGACGGCGUCGCUCAAGGCCCUGACGGCCGAGACGGCUCCGCGAGCAUCGAUUGGGCAUCUGAACAAGAUUACGGCUGCCGCUUUCAGCAACGGCACUACGCAGCGCCUCGGAACCCUGAACCUACAACAAAAGGCAGCUCUGUGCGCUCUGGUGGCAUUCGAAAACCGAGCGCGGAGCACAGCGAGAUCGGCGAGCACACCCUCGACACCCUCCAAGUCGCAGACGCUCGCGCCAACCAUCAAGCUGCUCUUCGAUGCGUACUGUCAGCUCUGCACCCGAGACUCGGUACUGCACCCGUUAUCAGGCUCCGAGUUUCGCGAGGUGGUGGGCAGCCUGGAGACGCUGGGGCUGGUGAACACGGUGGAGGGCAAAAACGGCAGCUUCGUGGCGGCACAGACGCCAAGCAAACGCGGCCGCAAGGGGGCGGUGGGCAGUGGCGAUGAGAGGCGCAUUGCCAGCUCGGUGGGCGACAAGGACAUGGGGUCGCUGGCCGAGGGCGUCGGAGCGGGCAUCCUGAGGAGCAUCUUAAUGGGCGAGGCGUUGGACUAA